CGUAAAAAAUUAAUCGUCUUUCGAUUGUGAAAUAAUUUCCAGUAAUAACUCACUGACAUACCGUUUACUAAGAAUAAUUGUAAAUUGUUUUCACAAAUAAAAAAACAAUUUUGCACAUUUGCUAAUACGGGAAAAAAAACUUGUUACGAAUACCCUGAACAAUUAAUAAUGAAGAUUAUCUUAUGACUUUUCAUUAUCAUCUAUUGCUGACCUCAAGAAGAGAAAUAUCUGUUUAUUCUGUUUGUAAACGUGAAUUGGAAUUUUGACUUUUAUCAAAAUUUAUUAAUGUGGAAUUUCACAAAUUCUUUUUAUGAAGCAGAAAAUUUGAAUAUUUUCACAACAAAUUGUAUUAAAUAAACCGUUAAGUGCAUUUAUCAGAAAUCAUUGAUAAUAAUAUACUUAUAUAGGGGAAAUGUUUGAAACAAGCAAUCAGAAAGAAUGUUUUCACUAAAUAAUUUGAUUGUGUUCUGCCUCCUAAUAACGUUUUUCGAAUAUAAUGCACUUGGAAGACAACUAAACGGAAGGUAUUAUGGUAACACAUUAAUGCAAGUUGAUGCCAUACCUUAUCAAGUUUCUUUGCAAAAUAAUGGAGAACAUUUCUGUGGAGGUGCAAUAAUAAGUAAUAAAUGGGUAUUAACUGCUGCACAUUGUGUUUAUAGUAUACCUGCUGCUAAUAUUGUAGUUAUAGCUGGGACAAGUGAUCGUAGACAAGGGCAAAAGCAUAAUGUAAUUAUUGUAAUUAGAAAUGAAAAUUAUGCUUUCCAUACGCCUCUAUAUGACAUAGCUCUUAUUAAAAUAAAUGGACAAUUUAUUUUUACCUCUGAAGUAUCGUCAAUUUCUCUUCCUUACAGCAAUAUGAUUGCAGAUAAUCGUGAAGUUAUUAUAACUGGAUGGGGCUCGCAAGGGCAAUUUCAAGGAUCUUCCGAUCAAUUACAAUUUUUAAAUACUAGAAUUUACAAUCAAGCAAACUGUCAACAAAUUUUUCCACGAAUAGGAACAAAUUUUUGUACAUUUAUUGAAAAUGGACGAGGAACUUGUCCUGGUGAUUCUGGUGGUCCAGUUGUGAUGGGUAAUUAUCUGGUUGGAUUAGUUUCAGGUGGAAUGGAAAAUAAAUGUGCUUCAGGAUAUCCUGAUAUUCAUACUAAUGUGUUUUAUUUCAUAAAUUGGAUAACAUUGAAAUCAUCAAAAAUGUUUUCACCAAAGAACUUGGUUCUGUGCUGUCUCUUAAUAACUUUAUUCGAUAAUAGAGUAAAUGGCGUUGGAAUUCAAGGUGAAUUUCGUGAUGGAAAAUUGAUAUCUGCUGAUGCUGUACCUUAUCAAGUUUCUUUGCAAAGAAUGGGAGAACAUUUCUGUGGAGGUUCAAUUAUAGGUGAAAAGUGGGUAUUGACUGCCGCACAUUGUUUUCUACAUAUACAUCGACAUAGCGUAGAAGUUAUGGUUGGUUCAUAUGAUCGAACACAAGGGAAAACAUAUAGAGUAAAAAAAGUCAAAGUGCAUCCAUAUUAUAAUCAGCAGAUUAACAGAAAUGAUAUUGCUGUUAUUAAAAUUCAUGGAAGAUUUGAAUACUCUUCUAUGGUAUCGGCUAUUUCUCUUCCAAAAAGAAAUAUGAUUGGUGAUAAUAAGAAUGUUGUUAUAACUGGAUGGGGACAACUAGGGAAUCGUCCAGGAUCUCCAAUUCAGUUACAAUUUAUAAAUAGUCAAAUUCUCAAUCAUAGAAUAUGUGAACAAUCAUUUGGACCAAUAGAUACACAUUUUUGCACAUUUGCUCAGUAUGGAAAAGGAUCAUGUCCUGGUGAUUCUGGUGGUCCAAUUGCAAUGGGUGAAUAUCUGGUUGGUUUAGUUUCAUUUGGAUCAGAAUAUUGUGCUUCAGGAUCUCCUGAUGUUCAUACCAAUGUGUUCCUUUUCGUUGAUUGGAUUGCAUCGAUUGUAAAUAAAUAAUAUAAAAUGAAGAGUUAUUUAUUAAUUAAAUAUUUUAUGAUAUAGAUAAUGUAAUAUUGGAUUUUAUAUUUAUUAUCAUUGAGGAAA